AUGCUUGUGUGGCAUUCCGGUUUCCUGAUACUGGUUCUGCUUAUCAUGAUGAUUGUAUUCGGUAACUUCGUCGUUCUUCUUGCCGUACUCAUUGAUCGUGAAUUGAGACGAUUAGCAACUAAUAAAUUUAUUGCAAGUUUGGCUGUCUCUGAUCUUCUUGUCGGAAUUGUUGUUAUGCCAUUAUCACUUUAUGCUACGGUAAAUGAAAUUCGGUGGAAUUUAGGUGAUCGUUGGUGUCAAUUUCAUUUAGUAACUGGAGUUUUUUCAACAACUGCUAGUAUCGUUCACCUUACUGCAAUAAGCUUAGAUAGAUAUUUUGCAAUAAUGUUCCCAACAGAAUAUCAGCGCCAUUCAGUGGCUACCAGUACAUUUGCUUAUAUUAUUAUGAUAUGGCUUGUAUCAUUCGCUGUUAGCAGUACACUUUUUAUGGAAAAGUCAUUGGAUGAAGAUGGAUUUUGCUGGACUAAAAAUCCGCAAUAUUUGGUGUUGUCAUCUUUGUUAUCAUUUUUCAUUCCUGGCGCUAUUGUCGUCUUCUUAUAUGUUAAAAUAUUUCGAAAAUUACGUAGCCAUCGUUUGUACAUAUUUGGCCAAAUGGGUUUAUUAAAACGACAGCAAAAUAAUCCUUCCGGGCAGAAAAAUGACAAAACACAAUGCUUACCAAUGGUUACAGUUGAAGAGGUUAUUGGCCAACAUAGCAGUGUAAAUCUUAGCCAAGUUAGCAAUACUGAUGCUAAUGAGUGCACUUGGAAUAGUAAUUUAGAACAACAACUUGAACGAUCAUCAAAUCAACCCAAUGCUACUGCACAAAGAUGCUCUUCACAAGCUGCAAUAGAUGAAGCAUUAACAAAGGAUCAUUUGAUGGCAACAGAAAAACAGUCCACUAUCAUGCUUGACUCGUCAAUUGUAGAAUUAUCAGCAAUAAAUGAAAAUUAUCAAUCAGUAGAUAAUCAAUGCCUUCUAUUGGAUCAUAUGACCUCUUUCCCAGAUGAAAAUUCUUCGCAACAUUCAAAUACUGAAAAUCUUCUAAAGUCAUCUACAGAGAGAUGCUUAAUAUCUCGAAAUGAUUCGAUGAAGGUACCCGUUGUUAGUGUUUCCUUCAAUGAUUCAAAAACGCUCGAUGAUAUAAAAGAUUCGAAGGAAUCAUUACCUAUCGUAGAAUCAUCAAUGUUUUUAGCUUUACCAAAAUCUGCUAACAGUUUCCCCUCUACAUCCACAUCAUCAGUAUCAACUGCUCUUUCUCUUAAAGUACCAAAAUGGGAUUGUUGUACAACUCCUACUUUAACAGUACACUCGAAUUCAAGUCGCAGUUCAUGCACUUCAACAAGUGAUAGUGGUGAUAUUUCUAGAAGGAUUUCAAUGAAUAGUUUUGAUACCAGUAUUACGGAGGAUGGUACUGAUAGUACAGCUGAAACACCGAACUCUAGGAAAAUAAGUAGUACGUGGCCAACAUUACGUACUGUCAUAAAUGCGCAUGAUAUAACUUCGUUAGCUACUUCUAAAGAUCCGAUUACUGAUACGGCUUCCGGAUCAACUCGAAGAGCAACGUUAUCACGCGGAAGAUUGAGAAAAAUUGCUGUUCAGGUAACGCGAGCAAUACGUCGAAAACGUCGUGAAUCAUUGGCAAUAAGACGUGAAACUCGUGCAACAGGUGUUGUUGCUGCUAUACUUAUUGCAUUUUUAAUUUGUUGGAUUCCAUAUUUUUGCAUAGCAGUAUACCGCGGUGUUUGCACUGGUCUUAAUAUUCAAUUAAAUGAAAGUCUUCACGUCAAUUUAUUUAUGCUAUCAUCGUGGCUCGGUUACGCACAUUCUUGUUUCAAUCCAAUCAUUUAUACAUGUUUGAAUAAGAAUUUUCGUCGUACAAUUAAACAAAUGAUUUGUUAUUUCUGUCAUAAAAAUCGUAAAAAUUUAUAA